AUGCGGACGUCACUCUUGUGGUUCCAGAACUCAAACGACACGACGAAGGCCCAGGAGCCGCGUGCGUCGACCUCCACCAGCAUGUGGGCACCCAGACUCCCACCCGCCCUCGCCCCCUCGGCCGCCGCCCCCGCCGCCACCGCUAACGCCUGGUACAACCGUGCCUGUGACUCGAGCCACUUCGCCGACGCCGUUGCUGCUUACCCUGACUCUCCAGGGUCGCCCAUCUACUCGAGCUCGCUGACGCAGUCGCCGUCGCCCCAGCCGGAGACCCCUACCACGGGCCAUUUCCCGACCGGAGCUGACGCUAACACUGCCUCUGGUGCCGCUACUGCUGCCUCUGGCUCUGUGAACGGGACUAUUACUACUGCUGAGGCUGCUACUUAUCUUGCUGCCAGCCCUUCUGCUUUCGGUUACACUUCCUCCCCAACUAUCCCCAUCCCCAUCACCACCAAGAAGUCGACCUUCGCCGGCCACUCUAUCUGGUCGCCUCCGAACACCAGCAACCCCUUCGCUGUACCUGAUUCUACUUUAGUCGACCGUCAUCGCGUCGACCACACCGACCAAAUGACCACCGGACCAUCCCUCGACCCUUCCAUGGGCCGCCGGGACUCUUUCGUCAGCGCCGGCCCAAAGCCCAUAUCGAUGAACAAUCCGAACCGCGACAAUGCGAACCGUAACCGAAGAGAAUCCCUCGCCGGCAGCCUCAUGGGUGGCAUGAGCUGGGGCGGCAUGUCCUUUGGCAGCUUCGUUAGAGACGAUAUCAUGAUGCAAGGCACCUCUCCGUUUGGUACCCACCAGUCACCGAGCUUCCAUUCGUCUUCAUACCUACCCAAGCUAGAAGCCAACUUUAUGCGAGAUUUCACUUGCUGCGGCAAGAUCCUACCCAACCUUCACGAUCUACUGCAGCACUACGAAGAAGCACAUACACAACCCAGCCCCAAUACAGCGCGGAAUAAUGCCUUCUCUCAGUUCUCUCAAAUGGGCAUGCCCGGUGCCCCACGAAUGUCUACUUCCCGAGCUAACUCGGCAGCACCGGGCCACGGCAACACGCAGCCCUCAUCCGCACAGCUGGGACAACAGAACAGGGCUCCCGGCUCAGCCAUGCAGAUGAUGGGCGGACAGCAGAGUGCCCACGAUGCGCACAUGGGUUCCACCAUGACAUCGAAUUUGAACGAUGAUAUGGACGCCGUGGCGGACAUGGAGAUGGAUGACGCUGUGGGCACCAUGGAGAUGGACGAUAGCCAGCGGAUGCAUCAGACGAGACAGCUCUUCGGCCAACAGCAGAGACCUCAGCUCAACAUGAACACCUCUGGCCUCACCCAGGGCCUGCGAACGUCUCAACCACCAACGCCAGCGGCCGCAAGUUUCGGCCUGCAGAACAACCCCACUGUCUCCUCUGUCAACACCCCAUCACUCACCACACAGGGACAAGUGAUCCGGGGCCAGCAGGUGGAUCUGGACGAGGAUCUUCCUGGUAUGCCCAUGGGCGGUAACACGAAUGACAUUGGCGAUAUGAACUUUGGCGGCAACCAGAAUAACAACGACUCCAACUUCUGUAUCAACGACCCCGGCAAGCAUCUGUUUAGCCCCAACGGCACUUUCCCGGCCGCCAACCGCACAAUUCAGGCGCAGUUGGCUCAGUUAGGCCUCAACCAAGCUCAACUGAACGACCCGGCUGCCAACAAGCUUCUCAUGCAGCGCCUGCAGAGCAUGAUGAUGCCCGAGGAACACAAGCCCUUCAAGUGCCCUGUAAUUGGUUGCGAAAAGGCAUACAAGAACCAGAACGGCCUCAAGUACCACAAGACGCACGGUCACCAAACACAGCAGUUGCACGAGAAUGGAGACGGUACCUUUUCCAUCGUCAACCCUGAGACCAGUGCUCCUUACCCCGGAACAUUGGGCAUGGAGAAAGAGAAGCCGUUCAGCUGUGAAACCUGCGGCAAGCGUUACAAGAACCUUAACGGCUUGAAAUACCACAAGGCCCAUUCUCUGCCAUGCAAUCCAGACUUCAAGCUCCAAGCUCUUGCAGCUGGUAUGAACCUGCCAGGGAUAGGCGAAGACCAGAUGAUGCAAUAA